AUGCCCAGAGCACAAUUUGAGUAUGAUGAAAUUGGAAAUACUUUUUAUUAUGUUAUUGUUUCAUUUUUUGCUGUUAUACUCCUCCCAUUGACACACUUCUUAUGGCCGUCACUUCCAAAGAGGAUAGAAUAUUUAAAGAGGGGAUGUAGAUGUGAAGGGGAUUUACAAAAACGUUACAAAAAAGAGCAAAUAAAACCUUGGGAAAAAGCUAAAUGUGUUAUUAAAGGAAUUAUUUUAAUUAUUUUGUGGAUACUUUUUAUUUUAUUGGCCUAUAAAGUUUCUCAAUUGGAACAACAAUAUGAAGAAUAUGACCCUUAUAAAAUUUUGGGAAUUGAUAUUGAUUCUGAUGUGACAGAAAUUAAGAAAAAAUACAGAGAACUUUCAAAAACACACCAUCCAGAUAAAGGUGGCGAUCCAGUAACUUUUGAUGCAAUUGUUAAAGCUUAUAAAGCAUUAACUGACGAAGAAUCCAGAGAGAAUUGGCGUCUUUAUGGAAAUCCUGAUGGGCCAAAAGCAACAACAUUUGGAAUUGCUUUACCGAAAUGGAUUGUUAGUGAACAAUACGGGAAUUGGGUUCUUGCAUUGUAUACUUUAGUUUUUAUGAUUGUUCUUCCAGUUGGAGUGGGAAUGUGGUGGUAUAAUUCAAUAAAAUAUAGUGCUGAUAAAGUUUUAUUAGAAACAUCUAGACUUUUUGCCCAUUUUUUGCAAAAGACUCCAAACAUGCAAAUUAAUAGAAUUAUAAUGGUUUUGGCUGGAUCUUUUGAAUUUUGUAAAAAAUUAAAUACAGAAAUUGUUGAACGAGAAAGUGAUGACAAGGAAAUUCCAAUUGUUAUGAGAGAAUUGAAAAAUUUAGGAGAAAAGAGGAAGGAACAAAUUCUUUCUUUGCCGUGGAGUAUAAAGGCAAGAACUUUGCUUCACGCCUAUUUGACUAGAGUUACGUUGCCUUCCGAGCAUUUAAUGACUGGUAAUUUAUAUUUAAAUAAUUUUAUCGUCCCUAUGUGA